CUUUCGGAAUUUACUGGUGCAAAGUAGCGGUACUUUUACUGCACCUCCUGCGCCCGCGUGUGUGUGUGUGUGCGAGAGUGCGCGGUGUGCGUGUGUGUGUGAGUGUGUGCGGUGGGGCAGCCUUUAAUCACGUGCAUACAAAAAAACACGGCAUUUAUUUACCUUUGGAUGCCACUAUAAAAAAAUAACAAAAAAAGAGGACGCCGACGCCCAGGUUCGCUGUAAUUCCAACACGAUGACAGCCAAGAGCGACAAGGAUAUUCUGGCCAACUCCAUGUACGAGGAUGACCCCAAUGGCAACUCGGCGCCCGCCACCACCAAGGAUCAGGAGUCGGAGCAGCCGGAGCCCCAAAAGGUCACCACUGGCGCCAUAACAACAUCAACUACUGCGGCGACCAUAGCAUCGACUUCGCCGCGCUGGGGACCCCAGAAUAAGGGCGCCCAGGAACUGGCCUCGUUGUACAGUCCAGGAAAGCGUGCACAGGAAAUAAUUUGCGUGUACACCUGCAUCGGCCUGAUGGUUAUCAACCUGGCUUUAAUUGUCAGGCACUUGCGCCUGGAGAGGAUAAGUGUGGCUUUCCUAUCCGCCUUGUGUGGCAUCAUCACGGCUGACUUUGCCUCCGGCUUGGUGCACUGGGCGGCAGAUACGUGGGGCUCCGUGGACUUGCCCAUGAUUGGCAAGAAUUUUCUGCGUCCGUUUCGAGAACAUCAUCUGGAUCCGACUUCGAUAACGCGUCACGAUUUCAUCGAGACAAACGGCGACAAUUUCAUGGUGGGCAUACCGAUCCUCGGCUACUUGGCGCACUAUUUCUACAUCCGGUCACCGAGUGAGAUCCAGCAGCACUUCGGCUGGAUAGCCUACGUGUUCCUUUGCUCCAUAUUCGUGGCUAUGACCAAUCAGAUACACAAGUGGUCGCACACCUACUGGGGAUUGCCGAGGUGGGUCCUGUUACUCCAGAGCUGUCACAUCAUCCUGCCGCGCAAGCAUCACCGCAUCCACCAUGUGGCACCACACGAGACGUACUUCUGCAUCACCACCGGAUGGCUCAAUUGGCCACUGGAACGCAUCAGAUUCUGGUCAACAUUCGAGCUGAUCAUCGAGCAUUUCACGGGCUUGAAGCCCCGCGAUGACGAUCUCAAAUGGGCCAAGAAACUCACAUAGGCUCGCCAGCGACUGUACAUAGGAAACUUGGACCAAGCAGCAGGCCUAACUUGCUGAACGUCAUCUUGAAAUGUUAUCUAUCAUAUUAUCGAAAUGUUUUGCACAACGAGGAAGUAGCUUUAAACGAGAGCAGAUUACAUACUUGUAAAGUUAACUGAGCAAAUGGCAUAGUUAUUAGUUGCAUAUUCGUUAUAACUAGUUGAUUGUAUUACAUUAAGUGAGUGUUUGUUUUAUAAAUCUAUUUUACACACCAGCACACACUCGCACAUAAAGAUAAAUAUGAUCUCGCAACAACAGAUUAAUCGUACUACGAGUGAGCCUUACGUAUACCUAAAUAACAUAAUAAAUGAACCAAUUACUGAAUAUCGAGCACUUGGCUUGUCGAAUAACUUUUUUAAAAUUUACACAAAACCUAAUUAAUUACUUGAUAUAUGAUAUGCUUGAAGGGCAACCGACUUUUGUACCAGAUCCAAACAAAAAGACAUUUUUAAUACAUUUCAUCAUCGCUGCUUUUCGAUGGCUAAAAACUAAUAAUAUAAUAGUAAAACAAAAACAAAUACAUAUAUUUACAACCAUAUAUACAAGACAAAAAUUAAACUAGGCGCUGUAUGCAAUCAAGAACGUGACUUACACAUUUUGCCUUAAAAAUGUUUUUAUAUGUGUACGAUAAUAGCAAAAGUUCUGGAAAGCGAAUUCAGAUUUUAGUACGCACAUCUUUUGUGGAAAGUGUUACGUUUUUCGAAGUUAAGUUUAUUUCAAGUAUUUUGCUAGCUGCUUAAGAUAUUUGUAUAAUCCAAGUUGUUGUUGGGCAACACAAUAACUCGUAAGACAGCAAUAUUAAUUGUGAUCUAAGUAAAAUAAACCGAUGCUAAUGCGAAAAUGCAA